CGCAGGCGGCGGCGCGGCCGCGCGUGGGUGGGCGCCUCGCUUCCACCGCCGCCGCCCCGGCCGCCAUUUUGCGGGCGGCAGGCGGGUCGCGCUGCACGGUGGAAGGGGAGCUGGGCGCUUCUUCUCCUGAAGCAGGUUAAAAAAAGUUCAUGACUGCGCCACCGAAAAUUAGGCGGUUGAUAGCCCCUGCCCCGAAAUACCUACUGGCCGGAGUCGCGAUAAGGAUUGGCGACUGUGGCUUCGCAGCUGUGUAACGAGGGGGAGGUGGCUGUACCUAGCCCCCUCAUCUCUCACCAAGGGAGUUCUCCGCCUUGAACGGCGCCUGUUACCGCCUAUGCGCAGGGGCGGCUUUGGUCCCAGCAGCGUUAAGAGUCAGCGCGGAAAGCCCUCCGCAUGUCUCAUCCUGAAACUCGCACUAAAAAGAAAGAGCGGCAAUGCUGAGCGCCCAGGGGCUUGUGCCUCCCCCUGCGCCCCUGCUCGAAACCACGCCUGGUCCUGGGGAGCCCGCUGCGAGGCCGGUACCGCCCUCUCCUCCUCUCUGCGGCACCACUUCCAGCUCCGGACCUGGCCCCGCCGUGGUAGACGAGACCUCCCGGCUGCGCGUUGGGAAGUUUGAAACUUCUGGAACCUCCCCCGAAAUAUUCAACGCUUUGAAGAAUGUAAAUGAUAUGUGCUCAAAAUGAGCACUGUGUGGUCUGAACUCCUCUACCUCUUAAAGCAGAGUGAAGGGGGUGUCAAAUGUAGCAAGUACCUGCUUGUACCAAGAAAAUGAGUUGAGGUCAUCGACUCUGUAUAUGGGCCAUCAUUGGAAAAUACUGGAUGAAAACCCAUGUGCUGGAUAUGGAUGUGUAAAUCAGUAAUACAGCCAUGAUCAGAUGUCUGUCUUUCAACGUUCUUGUGGGUAGAAUUGCAUACAGGCUCUGAAGAACAGAAAUUUAUCAGAAAGGACUGUAGUUUGUGCUGUAGCAGGAGUAUUACAUUUGUUCAUCUUCACUACAUGUUAUAGAAUGGCAUGUAUAGAAUGUAAAUAGGAGGCACUGAUUGGCUAAGAACUACUUCUGUAGAAACACAUACAGUUAGGAUUGAACACCAGAGAAGCACCGUGGUGGAAAUGGGCUUUGUGUCAUGUUGGCUUCCUGUUUAAAAAAAAAAAAAGAAGAUUGUAAAUUUUAAAGGGACAGCAACAAAGUGAUGACCAAGUGCCAAGUGCCAGCUGCCCUUAUUCACCACAUUGAACAAGAAUUGGAUAAAGAAGAAGAAGAGAUGAUGAUUUUUCUAUGCCGAGACCUUGCUCCUGACUUAGCUACUGCAGACCUUAGAGAGCUGCUGGCAGCUUUGAAUGAGAGGGAAAAACUGUCUCUUUUUGGCUUGUCUGAGCUGUUGUACAGAGUUAAGAGGUUUGACUUGCUGAGAAGGAUCUUGAAGACUGAGAAGGCAACAGUGGAAGCUAACCUUGCCACGUAUCCCAGACUCGUUCCUGAUUACAGGGUACUAAUGGUAGAGAUUAAUGAGAAUCUGGAAAAAGAAGAAGUUGGUUCUCUUGUUUUCCUACUCAGAGAUUACGCACCUCGUAUUAAAAUGGCAAAAGAUAAGAGUUUUCUAGCUCUUGUGAUUGACCUGGAGAAACUAAAUUUGGUGGCUCCUGAUCAACUGGACUUGAUAGAAGACUGUUUUCGAAACAUUCACAGGAUGGACCUGAUUAAGAAGAUUCAAAAGUACAAACAAGAAGCUUUAAUGUCCUCCGUUCAUUCCCAGCCAGUGUAUGUAAAUGCACUUCAGGCAUCUCUCCCUAAUCUCAGUCUGAUUGAUCCCCCUUACAAUUCAGGGAUCCAAAAUGUGAACCAGGAGAAUAUGCAAAACAGACAAAGCCUUAUUCAGGCAGAACCAGUCCGUAUAUCAAUUCAGGAAUCAGGACCAAUGUCACAAAAGAUUUCUGAUGAUCAAUACAGAAUGCAAAGUCAACCUUUAGGAAUAUGCCUGAUCAUAGACUGUAUUGGCAAUGACUCAGAUGUGUUGGAAGAGACCUUCAGAGACUUAGGCUAUGAUGUCCAUUGUUACAGAUAUUUAAAUAUGGACGCCAUGAAUCAAACAUUGCGUGAAAUUGCAAGGUUGCAGAAGCACAGAAACUGUGAUAGUUUCAUCUGCGUAUUGAUCAGCCGUGGUAGCCCUCAGAGCGUGUUCUGUACAGACCAGACCUUUUCUGGAUUUCCUUUGGAACGAAUAAAAAAAUACUUUACUGCAGACUCAUGUCCUGAGCUCCUAGGAAAACCAAAGCUCUUCUUCAUUCAGAGCUACAUUGUGCCAGAAAGCGAGCAAGAAUGUAGUAGUCUGGAAGUAGAUGGGAAUGAUGAGAAGAUCAUUUCUAACGCAAAAAUCCCAUGGAAAAUCACUAUUCCCCAAGUAGCAGAUAUCUUUUGGAGUCAAUGCAAGGUUGAUGUGUCUACACUAGAAAGGUCUCCAAACUCAUCCUCAUAUUAUCUGCAUUGUCUGGCUGAGCUACUCCGCAAUCCCCAUAAAAGGAAACUCUGUAUAUUAGACCUCCAUACAGAACUGAACAGAGAAGUCUAUGAGUGGAACAAGACCAUUCACCCAAGCCAGCAAUACUCACUUCUGCUCCAGCACACAUUGAGGAAAAAACUUUUUCUUUCUCCUACAUAACUGCUGGUGGAAAGUACGUGUCUGAAAUGGCUAAAAGAAAUACUAAGGUCCAUACACAUUCCUACACACUUCAAGCACUGUUGUUGCCUGCAUACCUCAAGUGCCAGCUGUUUCUAAACCUGGGGAUUUAGAAGCAUUUUUCAGGGUUGAAGGGACUAGAUUUAGGUUUUUAAUACAGAAGUUUCAGAAAACUUGGAUAAGAAUGGCAGCUAUUGUAUAAAAGUGCAACAGAUCUUGCAACCAAGUGCAACAGGUAAACAGCAUGGAAAGAGCUCUAAACUAUAGCUAUUGGAUUUUUCAAGGUUCUGAGUUUUUGUUACUUUUUUUUUAAGUAUACCUACUAGCAGUGCUCUGAUCUAGGCUCUUUUGAUCUUUAAGGCAAGGAAAAAUCAGUGCGACGAGUCACUGAUGCACACUCAGUACUUUCCCCAGCACCUAAUAAUGGAGAACUGGCAGCAGAGAAAGCCUUCCCAACAGCUCCGCUUUCCCUAUAAUAAAGUAGUUCUGGCUUGGCAUGCCUCUGCACCCUGUAACAAAGCAGAAAGAAGAGAAAAACAAUAUUGUAAAUAAUUUGGAUUCCAUCUGCUUGGUGCAUUAGAGCUUGUAAUUCAUCCAGAACCCUCUGUGACCUCAGUACCCUCUGCAGCAUCUAAGGGUUGCAUGUUUUUAAAUCAGCCCAAGACAUGGCAGACUGUCGAACUUUGCAGUCUGUGGGUAUAAAUAUACAAAAAAAUGAGUCUCCACAUGGCAGGGCCUUAGAGUAAUGAAGUUGUACAGUUUAAGAAUGAGGGGUUUGGCAGAUAAUCUGUGAAAGCUGAAGCUUGAUUCAUACUUGCCACAUCAGACAUAGCUAUAAAAAUAAGCUGUUUAUCACAUCUGAACCUGAAUGUCUUGUAGCAGCCACUGGCUCUUUAGACCAGAUUGCAUUCCCUUGCUCCUUUUGCUUAUGAAAGAGGGUAUAUCUUUUAUAUAUAUAUAUUUUUUUAAGUUGCCUCUGUUCUUUUGAAAAAGACAUGACAGAAAUUUGCCUGAAAUGUAGCAGUCUUUUCUCCAAUGAGGCAGAUGCCUAGCAUCAAGAGUUCAGUUGAUCUGGAUGCUGUAUAACACUACAAUCUGGAUGAGGUGUAUUGAGAUGUAUUCUUGCUGAAUUUAUGGCAUUCUCCUCCUUCCUAAAAUAAGCCACUUGCGAUCUUUCAGUAUUCUUAAUAUAGUCUCCUGUCCAGGAAGAAAAUUCAAGACUUUGGCUUGCCUUGCUUGGUUCCUGAUGUAGUUAUGCCAUACAUCCCUGUGGCUCAUACAUAUUUUAUGCGAGCAAAAAGAGAAGUAUUUUUGCUUGUAUACUAUAGGCUAGUUUCUUGGGGGUGGGGGGAAGCAAAAAGACUUCUCCUAGUGUAGCUGCAUUGGAUUUGAGCAAAAAUCAGAUGUGCUUACCUGCAUAAUUUUGCCAACAAUGCUUUUCAUUGUCGGCCAGGUCUCACAGGCAGCUACCUGUAGUAUAUUGCUACUAAUUAUGAUGGCACAGCAAAUAGAUUUAUUCUGGUAGCAGUGACUUCUUUUCUCAGUACUCUUGUAGUUAGGUGUUGGCUUGAUAAUAUUUUAAACCUUUUUUGGAAACCAGACUUCUUGAGUUUCAUUAAGAAAAAACAAAUUUCCAAGUAACUUUCAUAACUGAAAUUAAAAAUCACAUUUAUUUGGCAAAGAGCAGAUAUCUAUAUCUGAUAACAAGGAAGGACUCCUGAGUGCUUAUGUGAUACGAGUCCAGUCUCUUCCUGGCUUAGGAGGUUCCUGAAUUGCUGAUUGAGGACUGUUAGAGUAUAUCAAGAGAAGAAACCCACUAAACGAGUUUUACCUUCUUUUCUUUCCUUAAGUAUCCAUAUACGAUUUUAAGAUUGAAAAUACAUAUUUAUUUAUAUUAAUAUAUCAUUUUGUAUAAUACAUAUAUUAAGCCUUUUAUAUUAUUACACUUAAAUCUUCACUCUUGUUACACCUUUUUAUUGUAUAUUCAGUUUUAUUUGCAUGUUAAAUAUAGGAAGUGAAAUUUAAAAUUCUGAUCACAAUUUUUGCACAAGUUAGAAAAAUACUUCACCUAUAUUAUAAAACACAUGCAUACUGUAUUUUUUUGGUCUCUUUCCACUUUAUAAGCUGGUGUAUCUUUUUAUUAAUAGUAUAUAUAAACUUUAUUUUUUAUAUAUAGUUUAGAAUUGGGAAAUGUAGCCCAAAAUGUUUUGUUCUGUGUAGAUACAGGCAUAAGAAGAAAAAAUGAUAGAUAAUCAGCUUUUGCAAAAUCCAGACAUUCUUUAAAAGCUUAGUCUCUAUAAGCGUUAAAGUUAAUAUAGUGAAAUAGGAUUUAGUGUUUUAUAGGUCUAGAAACAAUGUAUCAUGGUGGUGGUGUGCGGGAAUUUGGUUCUUAACUGUUCCUCUUGCCUACUUUGUAAGAAAUGGCCUUUUAAAUUGGUGGUUCUUACAAACUAGUACCAUAUUGUUUCUGGCUUUAAAAAUACUUUAUGUCUUAAAACUGAGUUUGUAAGUAUUUCACAGAGUUAACUAGAGAACGUGCUGCUUUGCAGCACCAGAAGGGUCUGUAUUGUGUGUCAUAGGUAAUAAAAAUGGUGUUCAUUUCUAACCUCUGGUAUUUCAUAAACUGCCUAGCUUGGAAUAAAAUACAGCAAAUGUGAUUUUAAAACUAAACCUUGCUCAUAUUCUGUGGGGUAAUAGAAAUAUUACAGAAUAACUGAUUUGGAAGUUAGUUCCUGUAGUAUCUGGUAAAUGAAGCAGAUGUUACAAAACAAAUGCACACUGUUCUGUGGCUGUAGAAAUAAAGUGUGUUUCCUAGUUAUUGUACGUGUGAUAAUAAAUAUGAUUUCACUUCACAAAUUAA